AUGGACAAAAUCAUCGACGUCCGCUUCGAGCGAGUUGAGAAAGCUCUCGCGACACUGGUCGAGUCGAUUACCAAAUACAGUCCCCAGGCAUCACAAGCUGUCGAACUUGCAAAUGCCGACACCGAACUGGGCCAUGGGCUGAAAGACCUAGAAACUCAUCAAAACAACUACCGGCGGCUGGAAUCCCUCAAGGCAUCCUCCACAGCUCUUGAUGCCCAGAUCCGCGACACGAUACGUACUUUGUGGAACACACGCAAGGACAUCACCAGUACCAGCACAACGGCCUCGUCCGAGGGGCCGCAGUACGAUGUCAAUUACGAAGAGUUACUCAGUUACGCGCGCAGGAUCAGCAAGAUGACGCUCCCCCCAGCGAGCAUCCUAUCUCGCAUCGAUGCAACCAACGCGGACAGCGGGCCGUCGACCGGCGACGCGGUUAACACCCCGAUCACCACAGCAGCCCCGACUCCCGUGGCAGGUGCCUCGACUCCCAAUCCCAACGUCACAUCCAACGGCGCCCCUACGCCCGCGCCUCAGUCGCAGUCUCAGGGCCAGCAGGGCACCCAGACGACGGCCACUUCUGGCGCGACAGCCUUGCCUGAAGAGUGGACACAGUUCCUCGACCCGCUCACCGGGCACGUAUUCCUCCCCUGGGCGACUGAAGACAAAAUACGCGUCGGUGCGCUCGCGUCUAUCCAGAACCUUGUCGAGGAGGGCAUCGACCCGCGCGGCUAUGACCCAGCAGAGGAGGAGGCCCGGCGGCAGAGAGAGGAGCAGGAGCGGCGGGAGCAGGAGGAGAGGGAGGCGCUGGAGCGGGAGGAGAACCUCAAGAAGAUGAGGGAGGAGCAGGCGCGCAUUGCACGGGAGAGACAGCGGGAGAGAGAGCGCGUGCAAGAAGAGGCGCUGCGGAGGGGAAGCACUGGCGGUGGGCCGUCACCCGGUGGCGCCGGUGCAUCGACCGAGCCGCAGAAGAGGCAGUUCCAGUUCAUGGGCGGAGAUCUGGAUGACGAUGACGAUGAUUGA